AUGGUAGCCGUUGUCCGUGACAACCACGGUGAGUCGUAUUUUAUUGUCUUUCUUGAAACAACCUACGGACUGGGUGGUUGUGUUGUUCUAUAUAUCUAUCUAUAUAUAUCUAUCUAUCUAUCUAUCUAUCUAUCUAUAUAUGAUAUCUAUCUUUCUUUCUUUCUCAUUUUUCUAUCUAUAUCUAUAUCUAUCUAUCUAUCUAUUCAUCUAUCUAUCUAUCAUAUAUAUAUCUCAGUUAUUUUCUAUUUAUUUCGUUUCUUUCUUCAGUGUUUCUAUCUAUCUAUCUAUUAUCUAUCUAUCUAUAUAUCUCUAAUCUAUCUAUCUAUCUAUCUCAAAAUUCAUCUAUCUAUCUAUCUAUCUAUAAUAUCUAUCUAUUCGUCCAUGCUCAGAAUAUCCCAAUGUGGUAAGCAAACCAAGAUAUCUAUCUAUCUAUCUAUCUAUCUAUCUAUCUAUCUAUCUAUCUAUCUAUCUAUCUCGUCUAUUCUGUUUUUUUCUAUCUCUCUCUGUCUCUAUCUAUCUACCAGUUCUGUUCGCAUCUAUCUAUCUAUCUAUCUAUCUAUCUAUCUCGCCUAUUCUGUUCAUUUUCUAUCGCUAUCUCUCUGUCUAUCUAUCUACCAAAGUCUAUUCGUAUCUAUCUAUCUAUCUAUCUCGCCUAUUCUGUUUAUUUUCUCUCUCUCUCUCUGUCUCUGUCUAUCUGUCUACAAGUUCUGUUCGCAUCUAUCUAUCUAUCUAUCUAUCUAUCUAUCUAUCUAUCUAUCUAUCUAUCUAUCUAUCUAA